GUUUGUCUGACAGUAUUUGCAAUUUGGGCGAUCAAUCUCCAGCCGCCGCUGGAGAAAGUAAAGAGACCAUGUUGAAACGAUUAUGGGAACGUAUGUUCAGCGCCCGCUAUUUAGUUGUGACUAAUUCAACCACUACAACUGGAUUGUUCGGUUUCGGUGACAUUCUUCAACAAAAGGUUAUUGAGAAAAGGGAAUCUAUCGAUUGGCCGAGGGCUGGACGAAUGGCAGCCAUGGGUCUGCUGAUUGGUCCGCUGAACCACUACUGGUACGUGUUUCUGGAUAGACGGUGGCCUGGAAAGACGCAUCGGCUUGUUCUCACCAAGGUUCUACUGGACGAAAUAGCGUAUGCCCCUGUUGGCACGACAGUGUUUUACAUCGGAAUGGGUACCCUUGAGAAGCGAUCACUGUCCAGUUCCGUUGCGGAGCUCCGUGAGAAGUUCCUACCCACAUACAUGGCUGAUUGGCAGUUUUGGCCAGCAGUACAGCUCAUCAACUUCUACUUCGUGCCCACGCCAUACCGUGUUCUCGUUGUCAACUUGGCCACACUAUGCUGGAACGUCUUCCUGUCCUACAUGAAGCACACGCCCCGAGGCGAAGCCACAUCGAAGGAGCAUGGUGUUGGCACAUCGGUGGAUACCUAGGCAGGUGCACCUUGCAGAGGUUGGCAACUCGACAGUAGCUGAGCGGGAUGUGUCCGACUGCCAAAGUUGAUGGUGUAGCUUCCGGGUGCUUGGACAUGCACACCUCUGGGCAUAAUUCUCUGGCUACGAUCUGGUUAACGAUCAGGAGAAACUCUCGUUCUGCCCCACCACGUAGCAAUGUAUUGCUGGAAAGAGCAUCGCAGCUGAGGAAUGCAGUAAGACUUCUUGGCAGCUUGUCUUUGUCUUCUGACUACCAAUGUACCAGUACUCUCUCUCUUCCACCGGCCUUUGGCAUGGAACUCACUUUCCAUCCUGCCACUGUCAUGCCGCAGUCAUAUCGUGGAAGCCUUGAUAAAUUGCUAGUCAGAACCUGGAGGCCGGUCAUAACUAACUCGAAAGUCAUCUGCCCUUGCUGGAGACAGCUCGCCGCAAUUCAUAUGAAACAUGUCAUGUCAUACGUACUGUGCACCGUGGCAGUCUGCUUGGCUGUGGCACGUACGGACUGAUGACACAUUGGACUUGAAAUCUAGGUAGCUUGCACCUUGAGACUUGUAAGCUUCCUUCCGAUCAGUUAAAUGCUAGUAAUUUAUUUUUAUUUGCUAGGAGUGUUUAAAUCUGCGUACCUUAUUUAACCAUUUAGGCUUAGCCGUUUUAACCUUGGAGCGUGUUCAAUUAUUCAGAUGAUCAUGAAAGUCAUCUAAAAUUUCAAUUUCCGCUCCUUCCAAUCACCUGCAUGUGAUGACCUCACCUACUUUAUGAUUAUUUUCAUCUCUCGGAGUCUCCCUGUGCAUAAACGUGGGAGAGAAACAGUGUGAAUCUCAACACUGAUAUCAUGUGUAAAGCAGUGCGUAGUGUACCCAAGGUCCGAAGCAUCACUGAUGUAGGAUCGUAAUGCGUGCAUGGCAGGUUGAUCAUCGACUUGUCCGCAUCUUUUUCACGCCGGACAAUAUGGUCUACUGGCACUCCUGCAGUUAUAUCUGAUCGUAAUGACCCGCCGUGCACCAGUCAACAAUAGCACUGCAAUCAUCAUGAAUGCCACCCAACAACGAUCUUGAAGAGAAAAUGAGGAACAAAUACAUUGGCACACACGUAGACUAUAAUGGUAGAACUCCAGGACCAUGGUAUCUGAACUCCAGAUUUCAUAGAAAUAAAUCAAAUCCAUUAAAUACUAGCCCAAGAAAAAAAAGAG